AUUUUAUGUCCAUUAAUCAUGACAAACAUGAUUUAAAAAAAACUCAAACUUUGUUUCUGCAUAAAGCCUUUCUCCAAGUGGUUCAGGAUAGGCCAUACAUUAAGCAUAUUCCAGGAUAGUAACAACUUUGACUGGAGUUAGGAAGUUGUUCCAUGUUUCAUCAAAAUCCACUGCUCUUGGUUUUAAAGACAUUGUGCAAGUUUAGUGUUGAAAUCUUCUGCAGAAGCAGGGUGAGGCCCAGUGCACUAGGUAGGGAGGUGUGAAGGGUGAAGUCCCCCAGCUCAGAGGUGGCCUUUGGUGACUGUCAGCUCCAGGAAGUAUUUCCUAAGAAACUUGCUCAAGAGGAUCUUCCUCAAUUCUAUUUUAGUUAUAGUUUCUUUUUCUAUAAAAGUUAUUCAUUAAUCUUAUGUACUUGUGAGGAUAUGGUUCAGAGAUACGGAACUGAAAAUUCUUUGUAUUGAGAGAAUUUGUACCUUUUUGAGCAGUUACUCUUGAAAAAAAAAAGGUGGGAACAAUUCUAGGACAUACCCAGUUAGGAACCAAUAAGUGGCAGGCAGGUGCAACUGGUUUGCCAGGUUCUCUAACCUUCUGCUGAGCAGAAAACCACUUGUUUGUGAAAAAUGUCUAAAAUGAAAAACCCCCGGACUUUUGAGGAGCAAACAGAAUGCGUCAUGAAUGCUCUACUCGUAGACUUUUCGACCCCAACAUUACAGGUUGCUAGCCGGAAUCUAGGGGAUUCAGACGAAACAUACUCAGGAGAGGCUUGCUCUUUUGAUGUGUCUAUUAUUGCUGGCCGCCUUCGAAUGCUGGGUGACCAGUUCAAUGGAGAAUUGGAAGCUUCUGCCAAUAAUGUCAUUGCAGGAACCGUUCAAGGACAGGCAGGAACUGUACUCAAGGACAUAGUCCAGUCUCUCAGCAUGGCCUGGUGUACUCAAGACCCCACCGUAGUCUUUGAAAGAGCCUUUCUGGCAGUGUCAGUGAAACUUCUUGAAUAUGUGGUCCGUAAGGCUCCUGAAAUGGCAAGACAGGUGGCUACUUGCAUGACGGGCAUGAUCAAUGGGGACACAGCCAUCCGAGAAUUUAUCCAGCAUCAAGGGGGAUGGGAGAACCUGGAGAGCUGAAGAAGUGGGCUUGUCCCCACACUGAACAUCACUUCCUCUGAUGUCUGAUUAUUAAAAUAUGCUUUCUGCAACUUA